AUGCACCGGGGCUUCUGCUUCCUGGAUUACAGGUCAGUGGCCGCGGCUACGGACGCCAAGCGAGCACUGUCGAAGCAAAAGGUUUUCGGGUGCAAAACGAAGGUGAACUGGGCGGACCCGGAACCGCAGGUUGACGCGGACACGAUGGCUAAGGUGCGCAUACUGUUCGUCAAACAGUACGGCGACGUGCUGGACGAACGCAUGCUGGCCAAGAUAUUUGGCCGGUACGGGGUUGUGGAGCGCGUCAAGAACUUUAAGAACUACGCAUUCGUGCACUUUGAGCAGCGUGAGGAUGCGCAAUCGGCCAUGGACGGGCUGGACUGUUUCAGGGACGUGAAUUCGGGCGUAUGCCUUGACGUCGCGUGGGCUAAGCCGCCGGCGGACAAGAAAACGCGACAGCAGAUAUUGCGUAACCUGGAACGUAGGGUAAGGAAAUCCGCGGUCGCAACUAUGAGUCAACCGGUUCGCUACGCCCCAUGGCCACCGGGACGAGCUUCUACAGCCAAAAGACGCGUCGGCCCCGCCCCCGCAGCCUACACCAAGUACGACCAACGCGGUUACGACUUCGGACUGCGGCAACUGUGCAACCGGUGCACCCCCGCCUCCACGUUGAGUAUUCCAGUGCCCGAGGCCACAUCCGACAAGCGCGACAGCGACAGUGCAGGUCGGUGCGGCGCGAACGAGUGCAAAGUGGUCCGUCACGACGAUGGAAGAAGGGUUGCACGAAAACGUCGGACAAGAAACUGUUGA